AUGAUUUGUAUGCCCGACGACAUCUCGAGUUACAAGCUUAAACGAAUUCCUCCAAAUGGAGAUAUACGAAAAGAUGCUAUUGCACGCCUCAAGGCUCAAAGUAUUGACGACAAAAAAGACAAAGAUAUCCAACGUUGCUAUGUUCUAGGAGAAAAGAUAUGGACCAUAAUUCAAGCAAAGCUGGAUUCAUACUUUCUUCAAUAUAAGCCACCGCAAAUACAAACGACACGGAAACGGAAACGGAAACGAAAGCAAAAAGAAGAUACAGGUGAACCUAAGCGUCAGAUCCCAAAACCACCAAACAGUCUUUGCGGCAGUGAAGUGGUUGCAAGUCCUCAACAUGGGUCAGUCAGAGCAGCGACUCCAAGUCAAAACCCGAAAGACACUGCUAGUGUAUUACUUGGAAGCCUACAUCAAACACCGCAGAACCCCAGCUUGAUACCAGUUCAACAUGGGAUCGCUAUGGGCACAGAAGUAGAGACGACAGGAAGGUCAGACAGUCAACUUGCAAGCCACUCGGCAGGCUUAAUUGCGGCGGUGAGCCAUAUAAACAACAAUUUGGGCAACUUCGAUCAAGGUAUGGAGACUGUUGAAUACUCGAUUUCCUACUCGUGUAGUAACAACGUUGAAAGUGAUGGAUUUCCAGUACCCGGAAUUUGA